GCGUCCUCUGCAACCAUGUCUGACAAACCUGAUAUGGCUGAGAUUGAGAAAUUCAAUAAUUCAAAAUUGAAGAAGACAGAAACGCAAGAGAAAAAUCCACUGCCUUCAAAAGAAACGAUUGAACAGGAGAAGCAAGCAGGCGAAUCCUAAUGAGGCACUGUAUGUUCCACAAGCCUUGCCUUCUUAUUUUACUUCUUUUAGCUGUUUAACUUUGUAAGAUGCAAAAAGGUUGGAUCAGUUUAAGUGACUGUGCUGCCCCUUUUCACGUCAGAACUACUGACAACAAAGGCCGCACCUGCCACUCCCAUCUGCCUGGCUGGCUGGCUGGGAAGGGGGACAGCUUGCAUGUUGGGGAAGGAACGAGCUGGGUGGGACGAGGGUGAAAUCUAGAGUUAAAACCAAGCUGGUCCAAGGGGUCCGGCAGGCUGUAAAAUGCAGUUUAAUCAGAGUGCCAUUUUUUUGUUGUUCAAAUGAUUUUAAUUAUUGGAAUGCACAAUUUUUUAAUAUGCAAAUAAAAAGUUUUAAAA